GGAGCGCGUAGGCGUCCGCGUAAGAUGCCGGCUCGAGCGCGCCGCUGCCCCCAAGAUGGCGUCCAUGCGGGAGAGCGACACGGGUCUGUGGCUGCAUAACAAGCUAGGUGCCACGGACGAGCUGUGGGCGCCGCCUAGCAUCGCGUCCCUGCUCACGGCCGCCGUCAUCGACAACAUCCGCCUCUGCUUCCCCCGCCUCUCGUCGGCCGUGAAGCUCAAGCUGCUGCUCGGGACGCUGCACCUCCCGCGCCGCACGGUAGACGAGAUGAAGGGCGCCUUGAUGGAUAUCAUCCAGCUGGCCACCCUGGACUCAGACCCGUGGGUCCUCAUGGUCGCUGACAUUCUGAAGUCCUUUCCUGACACGGGUUCUCUAAACCUGGACCUUGAGGAGCAGAACCCCAACGUUCAAGACAUUUUAGGAGAACUUAGAGAAAAGGUGGGCGAGUGUGAGGCAUCUGCCAUGCUUCCUUUGGAGUGCCAGUACCUGAAUAAAAAUGCCCUAACCACCCUCGCUGGACCCCUUACCCCACCCGUGAAGCAUUUUCAGUUGAAGCGGAAACCCAAGAGUGCCACACUGCGGGCAGAGCUUCUGCAAAAGUCCACUGAGACAGCACAACAACUGAAGAGGAGUGCUGGGGUACCAUUCCACGCCAAGGGCAGGGGACUGCUCCGCAAGAUGGACACUACAACCCCUCUCAAAGGCAUUCCGAAGCAAGCCCCCUUCAGAAGCCCCACCACACCUAGCGUCUUCAGCCCUGCAGGAAACCGGACCCCUAUCCCACCUUCGAGGACACCACUGCGAAAAGAAAGGGGAGUGAAGCUCCUGGAUAUCUCUGAGCUGGAUACAGUUGGUGCUGGCCGAGAAGCAAAGAGGAGGAGGAAAACUUUAGAUGCAGAAGUGGUGGAAAAGCCAACUAAGGAAGAGACAGUAGUUGAAAAUGCUACUCCAGAUUAUGCUGCUGGCCUGGUAUCCACACAGAAACUUGGGUCUCUGAACAGCGAGCCUGCACUGCCUUCCACAAGUUACCUGCCUUCCACACCCAGUGUGGUGCCUGCUUCAUCUUACAUCCCAAGCUCUGAGACACCCCCAGCCCCACCUUCCCGGGAAGCCAGCCUGCAGGCCAGCCGGCCACCUGAGGAGCCCAGUUCCCCUAGCCCCACACUGCCAGCACAGUUUAAGCAGAGAACACCCAUGUACAACAGUAGUCUGAGCCCAGCUACACCAACACCAGCAGCACCUACCUCGCCCUUGACACCCACCACGCCCCCAGCUGUCGCUCCUGCUGCCCAGACGCCCCCAGUGGCCAUGGUGGCCCCACAGAACCAGGCCCCUGCCCAGCAGCAGCCUAAGAAGAACCUGUCCCUUACGAGAGAACAGAUGUUUGCUGCACAAGAAAUGUUCAAGACAGCUAAUAAGGUCACACGGCCUGAGAAGGCCCUCAUCCUGGGUUUCAUGGCUGGCUCCCGAGAGAACCCAUGUCCGGAGCAGGGAGACGUGAUCCAGAUCAAGCUCAGCGAGCACACAGAGGACUUGCCCAAGGCGGAUGGCCAGGGCAGCACCACCAUGCUGGUGGACACAGUGUUCGAGAUGAACUACGCCACAGGCCAGUGGACACGCUUCAAGAAGUACAAGCCCAUGACCAACGUGUCCUAAGGCUAUUGACUCUGGGCUUAAAGACGACAGCUUUGCCUGCUGUGCAGAGUGACCCAAGGGCAGAUGUCACAGGGUGCACCCCUGCUUAGUGUCUGCCAUCUAUAGGCCCCUGGGCCCCCACCUGUUAAGUUUUAGAUUUUUUUUUGGGGGGGGUUGGGUUUACUUUUUAUAUUUUAAUAUGGGUUACUUUUUUGUGUGAUUUAAGAUAACUUUUUUGGAUUCAAAUUACAUUUUUGAAUGUUAAACCAAAAAAGUUACAACUUCCUAAUUUUUAGUGUGCCUGUUAGACUUUUAUCUUUUUAAAAAUGUUUUCUUAAAGAAACUACUGGCUGAGGGCUUUCACUGCUUGUGCAUACCCUCCUCUGUAAGGUUGGUGGACCAAGAAUAGCACCUGGCAGGCUAUGGUGGAAGAAGGAAGCCAGAGCGGGACAGGCCUCACCGCCAUUGCCUGCCUGGGUUUUGUAUUUGUCUUUUGUACAGUUGUGGACACUUGGUACCUAUUUUCAUUGUAAAAGGAUCUGAGUAUUAAAAUUUAGCUUUUCUAAAGAAA